AAGAGGAGACCUACUAACAACCACCAACGCGCCACCAUAUUUACCUAACCUUCGUAAUGCUUCUUUGACCCUCAGAGAGACGCCACCAACCUCAACACUUCUUUCUCUUCUAUAUAAACCAUUAUGUAAUUCAUUCAUUUCUGCAGCCAGAAAAUCUUCCGUAUUUCUCUCUCUUUAAAUUUCUCGAAUAACAGGGAGUUAGGUGUGAGAGAGAGCAAAAAAAUCAGCACUAGAAGCAAUUAAAUCAAGAAAUUGACAACAAUGGCUCUGUCAAAUACUGCUGCUUUAUCCUCCAAAUCAAUCCUUCAAUCUAAAUCUCUCUUCCCCGCCUCUCUAUCCCAGAACCACUCUACAUUGUCGGUUAAUCCCACUAAUUCCAUUCGCCACCCCAUCUCCGCUGUGCAUGCGGCUGAGCCUGCCAAAACCCCCAUCAUCAGCAACAAGAAGCAAACUGCAUCAGCUCCGUCUUCCGCCGCUAAAUGGGCUCCGGAGAGCUGGAAGACCAAGAAGGUUUUGCAGCUUCCCGAGUACCCUGAUGCAGCUGAGUUGGAGUCUGUGCUCAAGACUCUCGAGGCCUACCCUCCUUUGGUGUUUGCCGGAGAGGUCAGGAGCCUGGAGGAGCGCCUGGGGGAGGCGGCAUUGGGGAAAGCCUUCCUUUUACAAGGUGGGGAUUGUGCUGAGAGCUUCAAGGAGUUCAGUGCUAAUUAUAUUCGUGACACUUUCAGAAUUCUUCUUCAGAUGAGCGUAGUCCUCACUUUCGGUGGCCAAAUGCCAGUAGUUAAGGUGGGAAGAAUGGCUGGUCAAUUUGCCAAGCCAAGAUCAGAUCCAUUUGAGGAGAAGGAUGGAAUAAAGCUGCCUAGUUACAAGGGAGACAACAUAAAUGGUGAUACCUUUGAUGAGAAAUCGAGAAUUCCAGAUCCUCAUAGGAUGAUAAGAGCCUAUUCCCAGGCUGCAUCGACCCUUAACCUUCUCCGAGCCUUUGCUACUGGAGGUUAUGCUGCUAUGCAGAGAGUGACUCAAUGGAAUCUUGAUUUUGUUGAGCACAGUGAGCAGGGAGACAGGUAUCAAGAACUGGCUCAUAGAGUUGAUGAAGCCUUGGGUUUCAUGGAGGCUGCUGGACUUACCAUUGACCACCCUGUUAUGUCAACAACUGAAUUCUGGACUUCCCAUGAGUGCCUGCUGUUACCUUACGAGCAAUCACUCGCUAGGAAGGAUUCGACCUCUGGUCUCCAUUAUGGUUGCUCGGCUCACAUGCUUUGGGUUGGCGAACGCACCAGGCAACUAGAUGGUGGGCAUGUUGAAUUUUUGAGAGGAGUCGCUAAUCCACUCGGUAUAAAGGUUAGCCAAAAGAUGGAUCCAAAUGAACUUGUUAAUCUGGUAGAGAUCCUGAAUCCCAUUAACAAGCCUGGAAGAAUAACAGUCAUAGUCAGAAUGGGUGCUGAGAACAUGAGAGUCAAGCUUCCUCACUUGAUCAGGGCCGUUCGCAGAGCAGGACAAAUUGUGACUUGGGUGUGUGACCCAAUGCACGGGAACACUAUCAAGGCACCUUGUGGGCUCAAAACACGUGCUUUUGAUUCGAUCUUGGCCGAGGUGAGAGCUUUCUUCGAUGUGCAUGAGCAGGAAGGCAGCUACCCCGGUGGAAUUCAUUUGGAAAUGACUGGGCAGAAUGUGACAGAAUGUAUUGGAGGAUCAAGAAACGUGACUUACGAUGAUUUGAGUUCUCGCUAUCACACACAUUGUGAUCCAAGACUAAACGCUUCUCAGUCUCUUGAACUCGCCUUCAUCAUUGCUGAGAGAUUAAGGAAAAAGAGGAUGGCAUCUCAACGUCUUCCGUCUCUCAGCCUGUAGGCAGCUUUAUGAUCUAUUAAGCAUUUCUAAUUAGCUGAUAAUACCUAAAAGUUUUCAAGGUUUUUCCCAAUAAUCCGUCGUUUGGCCACAUAUCACACCAUAUGGGAGAACGAUAGAGGUAAGCUUGGCAGUUCAAAUUUAUGUUGCGUUCUUAGAGUUGUAAGUUUUGAGUUACCUUUGACUGGAAGUGGCAAGGAGGAAUCUGGGACUGUAUUUUGUGGAGAAAAAUGAACUUCUGUAUUGAAAUUUGUCAUAUUAAUGUUUUUGUUUGAUAACAAAUCUGUAGCGUGUAGUUGUGUUCAGAUAUAUACUUGGUUGUGUACAAGUGACAUUAUUCUAUUUCGUUUUACAUCUAUCUUCUUAAUCUU